GAGCCCCGGAGAAAGUAGGAGGAAAUGACAGAGAGAAGGGAAAGCAGGGCAGAGGGAGAAAGAGAGGAGGCCAUAGAGAUAGAGAGAGAUACAGAGGGGGUUUGGAAGUAGGAAUACACAGAUGAGAGAGCAUAAGAGAAAGCCAGACAGACAGCAGUGCAGACAGACAGACACAGGCAGGCAGACAGACAGACAGACAGACAGACAGACAGACAGACAGGCAUGUCCACCCAACCGGGUCCCCAGCACAGGGUCUUGUUCCAAACCCCAGGUGAGGCAGAAGAGGAGCCUCCUCAACGCAGACUGGGGAAACUCACGGUCAAGUACAACCGCAAGGACCUGCAAAAGAGGCUGGACAUCGAGGAGUGGAUCGAUGGGCAGCUGCAUCUCCUGUUCGACUGCGAGGAGGAGGAUAUUCCAGAGUUAGAAAUUGACAUGGAUGAGUUGCUGGAUCUAUCAGACGCAGAACAGAGAGCAAAGCUACAUGACCUUCUUAAAGACUGUGGCAAGCCCAAAGAGACGACCCCAGGACCUGACCCCACCACACAACCCCUUACCCCAGUGAGACUGCUCUCUAGUGGACUUCAUCGACGGCUUGCUGUAUCGUAUGAAGGGACUUCGCAAGAUGUCCCUGAAAAAAUGAACAAAUGUUGGAGCCAUGUCAAAUGAGACACCAUUCUCUCUCACCUGUAGCUGUGGAUGUGUGUACAGUGACAGUCCUCAUGUAUCUAGAUAUAUCCUAUAUGUAUCCACAAUCUGCACUAUCAGUGUCUAUAUUAGUGGUUGGCAGCACUUGUCAAAGAGGGUCCCCAUGGCCAGACCGUCCUGACCUUAUAUUAUUAGGACCAUUUGAUACCAUAUAUGUCUUACUCACAUAAGCCUGGUGGGUCUUCCAAUGGGGCAUCUGUGUAAAACUAAGUUUAAAUAUGACGUAAUAUAGCAUAGAGAUGUCCUACCAGAUUCAAACACCUCUUGGUAUCAGUUGCCUCUGAAGUAGAAUGAGAGAUCAUCCAGUCUAGUGUUGAUGGAUUAUCCAGUCUAUCGUUUAUGUCGAUGUUUUUCCACUGUUAUGUUACAGAAUGGUUCACCAAUUCACCAUGGCCUGUUUUGUUAUGUUCUUCGGUGUUAAUGGACACUUCUGGCAUUUUGAAUAAUCAGAUCACAGCUUAUUGUUAUGUUGACAUUCUUUUUUUUUUAUUAUUACUUUUUUAUGAAAUGUUUUCUCUGAUGAAUCCCCUGCUAUGACUAGCCCAAGAAUGUACUGUCGUGUCUUUGGCUAUGCCGGAUUAAGUAAUAUGACAUUCUAUAUUAAUAUCACCUGAUUGAGCUAAUCAUGUAAAUGUAAUUAACUAGAGAGUCAGGCACCACAAAAUAAUCUUUAUAGAGCUGUUAUCUUCCGAAUAAACUCUUAACGACCUAGUAAUAUUUUACAUCAAUAGCAGUCAACAUUAAUCAUCACCUUAAUUCAGUCUCAUCUGAAAGUUGUAGAUUCUUAGUUAUCUGCACAAACCCUGGCUAACAAUUUGAAUCAGCAAUACAAAAUUGGAUUUAAUUAUUUAUUUACUAAAUACCUAACUAAUCACACAUACAAAUAAUUAAAUCAUAACUUGAUUACAAAUUACGUCAUAAAGGAAAACGUCCCUAGCGGGCAGAACAGAUAUGACUGCUUGUUACACAAAGGAAAAGGGCUGGGUUUGAGCGAAAGAGCCGGAAGACUGAGGAACAAAGGGAAGAGGCUGUGCUAUCGUAAAUACAGUAUCUUAUGCAUUCUAAAUUACCGCCCAUUUGGAAAAGGAAAAUGCAAUAAAUAUUUACUCUGAGCUGCGCUUCAGUAGGUUGGUGGUAGAUGGAAGAGCGUGUUGCCAAACCGAGUCCUCUAUCUUUUGAAGAAUGUCUCUGGUGGUCAAUUGCAUAAGUUGUAGUAACGUUGUUGUGUGAUAGACGGGAUACUCUGUCUGUUCGUUCCUAACCCUCGUUUGCAGCAGCUGUUGCUAACUCAACGGCAAGGAGGUAUCACUUCUGUAGUGAAUAAGAGUUCAAAGUUCAUUCCAUUCGUAACCAAAGCUCACGCUGAUGUUGGCUUCGUUCUGUAGUUAUUAUCUGAACCAUUCUGACAUAGGACCGUCAUCCUCACAUCAUCAGAACAGAAAGUUAGGUUGUCGUCAAGGCUUUAUAUAGGAAGGGAGAAAAGGGGUGUGUUUCAUAGUUUACAACCUCUGUCUCUUCACGUGGGCGGGCCACUGAGUGAGCAGCCCUAUCUUAUGUAAAGCCACAUCUCACAUUUUUGAAGCUAAAAUCACAUUUCAUCCCAUCACAAAUAAUUUCAUAUUCAAACAUUUAAAUUGAACAACAAUUCCAUGUGAAUCUGAUAACUCUGAUGUGUAGUCUUUCCACUGUAGAGUUUAUGUCAUCUUAUCAUUGAUGAGAAUGUCUCAGAUGACAACCGAACUGACAUUCAUUAAGUACCACCGCAUAUGUUCCAUUGGUCGGAUUACCAGAAUAUAGUUAAUUUCCCCCCACCUUCUGACGUUCCCAGAAUCUCUAUGUUAACCAAGGGUUUUGCAAAUGUAACCUCAGCAGGGUAGAGAGAGGAAAAAGGGGGGACUGUCAUACAGUAGCGUGCCGUGGUUUUGGGGCCUGGGCCUUCAGUGAAGUCCGACACAGUCCCACCUGAAUUAAUCCACCUCUUUUUACCCUCAUUAUGAUGCCAUGGCUCUAGACACUAUAUGUUUAGACAGGAACGCAGUAUAACCAGGCGUUGCAUCACCUUGAAAUUGACAUUUUUAUUCAGAGAAUUGCAGGGGAAGAGUACAAUACCUUUUCAUUGUGCAGCUUCGUUGCCCUGCAUGCUUGUUCGUUGAGCUGUAGAUCCACUCGGGUGUCCCCAAAAGUUUUCAAAAGCACCAUUGUUUGUAAGUGCCCAGCCGUACUUUGGUGUCUCGUUGCUGCCUUGGUUAGACAACUCAAGUUUGCAAAGCCAGUGUGGCUCCAAACACCAAAUAGAUCAUUUGCAAAUAAUAGGCAUUCCCAGCAGUACAGUUUGCAGUGCUUCUCGGAGCCUGUCUUUGUAGCGUCGGCUUUGUAGCGUCGGCGUCUACCUCUCCUGACAAUGUCUAACUUUUCUUGAAAAGUUUGUCUUGAGAAUGGCGCUAUAAUUAUAUCCUCGGCCAAAUUGAUAUCUUCUCCUUCUGCCAUUGUGGGUUGAAAAACAGUUUAGUAGUACACUAAUUCAUUUGUUUUUCAAUUUCAGUUUCCUAGUUCUGAGACCUGCCCAUAUAGGACCUGCCUCUCAAUAUUGGUAAUCCAAUCAAAAGACGUGCAGGCACUACGCCUGCUAGCUGGCUCCUGUGUAACACUAUAUAUAAUAUAUUUAAAAAAUAUAUCUAUUCUGAUGAUGUUUAGGCCAGCAGAGAAGGCCUUGCUGGCCCUGACGGCCCACCACUGCCGUCAUAAACCUAUCCCCCAGGCCAAUGGCAUGACAGUACUGUAAAUAUGGUUACUAAUAUUUUUGUUUAGCUUAAAGUAUUGUUUUAAAAGAGGCAGUGCUCUCAUUAACUGUUACAUCGGAAUUUCAAAUGUGAUCUCCAAUAGAAAAUAUGUGUACUGUGAUGUUACCUGUGAUAUUCUGGAAAACAUCACCUAAAACAAAUUCACUUCAAUCCAUAAAAGGGCAGUUAGGCAUCACAAAAUGUUGACGAGCCUUGGAACCGACUAAAGAUCCCAAUGGGGGGGAUCAAAACUUUUUCUCUUUGUGAAUUUCAAUAAAUCCGUGGAAGCAUA